AUUUCAUGAAAAAGAAAAACGUGCGGUAUACCGCGGAGAUACGAAGGUGGUUCAAAUUUAAAUACGAAAUAUGCGCCUGGAAUACACAGCCCCUAAACUGCCGCGGGUGCGGAUUCUUCUAAUCACCAGUGGCGCUAUUUGGUUCUGAAUUUAGUUGCACAUAUCUCAUAAAUAAAUUACACUUCAAAUUUAAGUUACCUUUGCAUGUGUCGGUAAUUUCAUUUCGAUUUUAUAACGUUCCGAUUUUUUAGCCCAAUUUCCAACCGAAAUUUUCUAACAUUUCUGUUAAAAAAGAGAUUGAUAUAGAUUUCAGAGUAUCAAAAUAGGCGUUAAAUGGAAUAUUGAGGUCGAAAAUAGAAAAUCAAGAUGUCGAUUUGAACUCAAUCACAUUAAUAAAAUAAUAUAUAAGUCGAAAAAAAAACUGUAUAUAGUAUAUAAAUUUUUUGAAUUUAAGGUAAUAUCCCGAGUCAAAAUUUUAACUUUACUUUUGGCUUGAACUUUCUAACAUCUGCAUAUCCUAAAGGAUCAAUGUAUGUGUUUAAUACAUGGAAACUAAAGUCUUAUUUGGUGCCUCUAAAUGGCAGAAAACGCACAAAUAGCCCAAAUAAAAUAAAAAAUGCUAUUUAAGCAAUUAACUUUGCCGAAAGAGGUUAAUAUAACAAAUUCAGAAUAUCAAAGUUAAAUUAUUAAAUUGUAUAACGAGGUCGAAAGUAGAAUUAAGAUUUUGAUUCGGGUUAUGGAAGAUCCGACGGGGGUGCUAAAAUUUAACUUUGCUGUGUUAAUUUUGAUUUAUUCCGAACACUCUUACGAGGCGAUAAAUAUGCCUUAAAAGCUAUUUGUUAUUAUUAUUAUUGAUGAAUAAUUUAUUUAGCGUUUUAAGAUAUAUAUUUUUAAUCAAAGACUAAUAUAAAUGCAAUUCACUAUAAUUUUCUACGAUUUUCAAGUUUAUUUAUACACAAGUAAGCUUGAGAAUUGCAUGAGCAUUUUAAUUAUAAUAUUAAUGCAUGUAUAUGUGACGACCAUAUCCAUGGCAUAUUUUAGCACAUAUUUUCAUCUUCGAAUCUGUCGUAUUCACUUUCGAAUCCAUCGAAGCCCGGCGAUGUAUUUCAUAAGAGGUAACGAUCUGUUGGAAAUAACUGGAUGCGAUUGCAUUGUCGUUGUGGCUUUCGAUCUACGUUCGAACUGUACUCUUGAAUAAAAGCUUGAAUACUUUUUCGAUAAAUUUUAAAGAACUUUCGUGUCUCACGUGUUUCACGUGUUUUACUCUUUUAUAACCUUGCCGUUAAGAAAACAUUGCAUAAAAUUAUAAUACAGUCAUUAAGCAACGCGUUGCUGAGUAAUAAAAGAUAAAAGCUUGUGUUUUUAUAUAUCGUCGUAAAAAUUGUAUUGUCGAAAGAUAAGAACAUAGAUACAACUAAUGUCGUAUAAGUGAUAUUUUUGUAUUUUUAUGCUCUAUACAGUGUCACGUCUUUCAUGCGGGUCGGUUGAACUGAUUUGAUAAUCGCGAUUAGCAAUCAACGAUGACCGCACGGGACGCAUAGUUAUACGUCAUAGUCGUCCAGACUGCGUCCAAUUAUAAUAAAGCUGUCCCGCUGGCACACAUCAACGCAGGUUCAAGAGACAAGUUCGUCAACGAUUUUCGUUGACCUACAUUGUUGGUUAUACAUCGGGGAACGCGUACAAGUCAAUAAUGUACAUAUUCUUUGCAAACUUUUAAAGGUAACAAUAAGAAACUUCUAAAAAUAAAGGAUAGAGUUAUUGAAAUUUUAUUUAUUUCAGCUUAAAUUAAUUCCGUUUUGUUGUGGAAUAUUUAUCUGAGAAAAUUAAUCUGUUUUUUGUUUCUGGUGCCGUAAAAUAUUGAGAUCGAAUAUAAUUAUCUCAAUUGUUUUCGCAGUAAAUUUAUCGUAAAAUUUGGAAAAUAUUUUUGAUAUCGAUAUAGAUACAUAUGGUAUUUAAAACACUGUUAAAUUUUUACAAAGGGAAAGGUUGAGGGAGACUCACCGUUUCUUCUUCUAUAGUUUGAAUUUUCAUAUUAAUAUCAUACAAAAAUUUAAUAUCAAAUUAAUUAUUUAAUAAUAAUAUAAAUUUUUUAAAUAUUAAUAUAAUAAUUUAAUAUUAAUAUUUAAUAUUAAUAUAAUAUAAUAUAACUUACAUUUUUAAACCUAUCCUUUCUAAAAUAGUUUAGACAAGUGACUUACUUUGGAAUUUUAAUGAUGAGAAAUAAGCGGCCCUUCUAUAGGGAACUUCAUAUUACAACACGCUGUAACUUUCAUUCAUGAUAGUGUGCGGCUCAUAAUAACUUCCCAAAAGAAUUUUGUUUAUUUAGCCAUUACUUAUUUCUCUAAAUUUCUUAAAGUUAAAUUUUACUCAAAAUAUAGAGUGAUUAUUAACUCACUUGAUAAUUACUGAGUCAAUUCAAAUGAUUUUUUUACAUUUUAUUGAGAUUGAGUUUUCUACUCUGAAUCGUCGAGUAAAUAUUUUCACUUGAAAUUAAAAAGUGAAUAUGAUGUAUUCCAUAGGUAUUGUCAUAAAAACACACUCCAAUCGAUUGAAAUAUUCUCUCUUGCGAUUUUCCCAUUAUUACUUCGAGCGAAAAUAUUGCCACUUUUCAUUCGUUUUAAGUGAGAUUCUACUCCAAAAAAUUUAUAUAUAAUUUAUAUAUCCAAAGAAUAUAUAAUCAGUAUUUACUUUUAUUUAAAUAAAAUUGUAGAUGAUUAUUCAGAUGAAAUUUUGGCGUCAUUUUAUCUUUUUUAGAUAAUGAAAAUAUAUAUUAUCUUCACCUGCAUCUUAGAAAUUGUUAUCUUUACUGAAUUAUUUAAAAUUUGGAACAUAUUGUUGUAAAUGUGUAAAAUAUUAAUAAAAUAUUUGCUUUUAUGUAGUGAACGUUUACGUUAAUACUGCCUGUAUCGGACUAUAUUGAGAUUAGAAUUUCACUAGGAUUUGUUUAUAAUUACGACAAAGUAAUAAUAAAUUUAUAUAACUCAUGAAAAUUGUUUAUCGAACAAUAUGAAACAUUUAUUUCUGCGCAAUACUUAUCAAUAAAAGUUUGAAUAUAUUUUUAUAUUCCUUUUUAAUUGCAACCUUUUUUCAUAACUGUUUUUAUAAAUAACCUCAAAAAUAAUAUUAUUUAGAUAUUAUCUAGGUGAAUUACUAUAGAACUUCAUUUUUCAUUUAGAUACAUUCGAGACGAAAAAAAUCUUUAUCUUUUCUCAUGUGAAUUUAUAUAAAAUUACCUUAACUUUAUCUAGCUAAUUUUGAAAUGAUCUAAGCACAACAUAAUGCAUCCUUAACGAUAAAUGGUUCUCCUGUUAUGAACCAAAGACCAAACUGCACUUUUGUACAUCGGAAAGCAAGUAAACCGAUAUAUUUUUGCUGGUGUUAGGAAAAGCGAAAAUUAUGGAAAAAGAGCAAGUGUUUCGCUCGCAUUUUAUUCUCGGCUUUUCCCUUCACGCUAGACACGAGCGUAGAGCGAACGGACAAACAGAUUUGAUCGUCGUGAUUCACGAUGAGCAAUGAGCGCCGGUGCGACAUGUACUAUAUAUAUAGGUCACUCGUUCAGACUACGUGAGUUAGUUACGGUGCGAUCCCGGCGGCAUCCCUCAGCGCAGGUUCAAGAGACAAAUUCGUCAAUGAACCUCGUUGACUUACAUCAUAGUUGUCGCAAACACACGCGUCCCCUUCGGGGCGCGUACUCUCGGUCUGUUUCGCGCUCGGCCUGAAUUAAAACGACCCAAACUGUGUUGUCUAUGAAUAACGAGGUCGCAGGUCAUGCCGAUUCUCAGAAUUACAUGUAUCCGUUGAGAGGUGAUAUCACUUAACCACCUGUCGGUACUUAAUCACAGGUGUACUUGGCUGAAUGAAACGCGAAGAUGCGCAUCGCCUAUUAAUCAACGGCCUCGUUGCGUCCAUCACCUUGGAGAUGAUUACGUCCGCAGCUUCUGUGUUCCAUAUAAUGACAAAUAGCAGCGCAUUCAGUCGACUAUUAUCGUUUGCUUGUUAAACGUUGAAUCAACGGCCUUGGCGGGAUCGGAGAGAGACGUUCCGAGAGUCAUUCUCGAGCAUCGUCUCGGUCGAGAAUAUUCGUACUUGGUGUUUGGCUGGGUUAAAUGUUCGACCAGUCGGCUUUUUUCUUUUUCUUUCGAAAGCCGCUCUUCACUCGGAGCUCUCGGUAAUGUUGAUUGAGACACCCGAGAAGGAAGAUGAUCAUUUUGUUGGUCCUUCUCCUGCCGGCUCUCUGGACUCAGGUGGUCUAUACGAGUGUGUUGGUCGCCGAUACAACCAUGUCCAGGAUGGUAGAGCUGAACGCCGACGCGCCCUUCUGUGCUCUUUACAGUGACCGCGGGAUUAUCCAGAGAAUGGUCCUCGGAGCGGAUCCCAAGAAAGUUCGCCAAAUGUCCAGCAACCUCGUCGCUGAUCUCGAGGAGACUUGCAAGGCUUCGCGCGACAAGGGCAAGAACCAAAUGCCCGGCGGUUUGAUAUAUCCCGGUACCAAAUGGUGUGGACCGGGUGAUGUGGCCAGUUCUUACGACGACCUGGGUCAACACGAAGCCGAGGACGCUUGCUGCAGGGAGCACGAUCAUUGCCCAUUCACGAUAGCGCCACAGGAGUGUAUACAUGGCAUAUGUAAUAAUUCACCAUUUACUCGCUCGCAUUGCGAUUGCGACGCCAAGUUGCGCAGGUGUUUGCAGAAAGUCAAUACCGAGGUGGCGAACACUCUUGGCGCGCUUUUCUUCAACAUCAUCCAAGUUACCUGCUUUAAAGAGAGACGUCCGUGUUCCGAGUGGCAAAGUUGCGAUUUGGAAUUAGUGAAUGCGACGAGUUAUUUCUCGGGAGAUCCGCCCCAUAGACGUGCACUUGAAAGAUCGCUACUGAGAAACUUCUUCAACGUGAUUAGAAACUUCAUAGCAGGACCGAGGAAUCUUCGUCAAAAUUUUGCUGUGUUCUUGUCAACGAAUCACGAAAAAUAAAGAGAAUGGCUACGCCGAGGCUGUGUCCAAUCGUUUGUGCUCACAGUACAAAUUUCGACCUAGCGAUAAGUACAUGCCCCUGAUGCCUUUGAAUAUAAAUAUAUGAAUCCGGAAGCGACAGAAGGACAGGCCCGAAAAAGGCUAGCUAAGGAGCCCACACCGUUGUUAUGGAGACUAUGUUACGACAACGAUCACAUCGAACGAUUAUUUACUACAUAUCAAAUUGCCGUCCUUACUGUCGCGCACCAAUGUGCAUACCAUUAAGUAAUGCGAUUUUUUUAGGAAUUAAGUUACUGAGACUGUCCUUUAGAGUCCGCGCAUAGUGGAACUGUGUUAUCCAUUGAAUUUAUUCCGCUGUACAUAUUAACUGUAAUUGACUCGGAAAAACUACAGCUUGGCCUACAUAAUCGAGCCUUGCUACAUCUAUAAUCGUUAUCGAGAGCAAUAAGUGCAUCGUAUACGAGAGUGCAAGUUAGCGUUAAUUGAUAACUAAUAUUAUCUUACGCGAUAUAUAUAUAUAUAUAUCUACACGGGGAGAAUAUAUCAUAGUUUCUUCCUAUAUAAAUUCUUUUCAAUUUUAUUAUGUUUCUAUUAGUGCAGAAAUAGACUGUUAGAUUGACUUUCUUUAAACUCUGGUUAAUCUUAACCGAUAGUUAACUGACAGAGUGACUAACUAAGGCCAAGUUUCACAACAUCUGUUUAAUUUUAACUACCGGUUAAGUCCCAAUAGUGAUUGGUUAAUUCUGAUUAAUUCUUCUUAAUGUCAAAUGCGAUUGGUCAAGUCCAAUGGAAUAACCAGCUAUUUAAGUUAACUGAAGGUUGUGGAAUUGGGCCUAAAAUAUUUCGAAUUCCUUACUUUCUUUCACCUUCUUCUCUAAAAGUAAUUUCAAUUAGUAACCCUGUUAGUUAACUAUCGGUUAAAAUUAACCGGAGUUUGUUGGAAAUCAAUCUCAGUAAGGUCUAUUUUGCAUAAUAAAUUUCGUUAGAAACAUAACAAAUUUUUUAAUACCUCAUUUCACAGUUCCUAAAAUAUAAAUAACACAUAUAAAAUGAAAGGAUAAUACAUUACUAUAGAAUGUUAAUCUUACAAAAUUCUAUAGUAAAUUUUGUUAUAAAAUUCUCUUCGUGUAGGAGUGUGCCAUAAUUAUUUGAUUUAUCAUAAUUAUAUAUUUUUGCUUUUACACUGUCUGCUCCAUUAUAAUAAAGAUACACUGUCUGAAGUAUAUUGCCAGACAGUACAAGAUCUUCAAGGAAUAUCCUGGGGACUUGCAUUUAGAAGUCCUUAGGAUAUCUUUAGAACGUCUUUGAAAGAUUGUGGUGUUUGGGUUUUUUGAUUGAAUAGGCUAAUAAUUAUUUUUAAUAAUCUUUUAACUACCCAGAUAGCCAACCCAGAUAGCACAGAGAAUUCUAAAAGAAUUCAGUCGUAUGUCAGCAAUUCUGAGUUAAUUUUUAGAUACAAAAAGAAUUCUUUUCACUGAAAUGAACUCUGAAGAAUUCUUUUUACAUCUGAAAAUAAACUCAGAAUUGGUGACAUAGGACUGAAUUCUUUUUGAAUUAUCUGUGCUAUCUGGGAAAUCUGCGCGAGCAUAUUUUGUGCAUAGUCUGUUAGCAGUGUCUGUAACAGAAACGUAACAGAUUCUACACAAUAUGUGUUUAUUAGACUCUGACGGCAGUUUGGAGAGAGGUUGCUUGCAGAGUCUGCUGACAGAUUCUAACGUCAGGAGGAUCUACGCGCAUUUUGCCGCCAAUUUGCCGUUAGAGUUUGUCAACAGACUCCCCAGACAGCACAAUGUCUAAAAGUGGGACAUAAGACGUCUUUAAGAUAUCUUUAAGUUGUCUUUAAGACAAGUUUAUAAAGUAUUAUCUUAAAGAUGUCUUAAAGUUGCCUUAAAGACAUCCUAUGACUCGAUUUUGGACAUUUGUGCCGUCUGGGUCUGUUCACAAUCUAACAGCAAAUUGGGGAUGUAGAUGUCUAUGAAUUUGUUGACAGAUUCUACUCGAAUUUGUCAUCAAUCUGACGUCAGUUUGCGCACAGAUUGCUUACUGGGUGUUUUGAAAUAUAUUUAUAAAUCGUAGCGUACAUUUCCGCGAACUAAUUAUAUUAAAGCGAAACGGAUAAUUCAGUAGCGGGAAUAAUAACAUACUAAUUAACUAUUGACAUUUUUCCUACAUUUCUUACAUGUAAUAUUAACUCGCGCAAUUAAAACAAAGCGUCGAUAUAUGACUUUUGCGAUACGAUACUUUGCAUUACUAUAUUGUACGAAGAUGGCUAUGAUAAUAAUUUCAAUAAGGGUUUUAUAAUAUUUCCAUAAAAUAUCAAUAUAUUUACUUUUAAGGUCCAAAAAAAUUACUUAUAUUUCUCUAAAUAGUCAAAUUAUCUUUUAGACAGUACAGAUCUUCCAAAGGAUCUUCUUGAGGACGUCCUGGAAGUGUUCUAAGGAUAUAAGAACGUCCUCUGAACAUCCACAAGACAUCCCUUAGAGAUGUGUCUAAGCUUAUGUUAGAAGAAGGAUAAAGGUGACAUAUUACAAUAACAGCAUAAAAGAUGUUUAGGAGAAAAAAUAAUAUAUAACAUUUUUAUGUUAUUUUUGUAAUAUCCCAAAAGAAUUCACAUUUAUGUCACCAAUUCUAAGUUCUUUUUCAGAUGCAAAAAGAAUUCUUUUUGUAUCUAAAAAAGAAUUCAGAAUUGAUAACAUAAAAAUGAAAUGUCUAAUGAAGUCUUUUUGAGUUCUAUUUGGGAUAUCACCUUUAUCUACUUGCCCUUUCAAGUAUGAUAUAGUUAAAAUAUAUAAUAAAAAUAUAAUUUCUUUUAAUAUGUUCACAUAUUUUACCUACUACAAAAUAUUUCAUUGUAUUUCAUUCGCAUUUUAUAAACAAAACAUACAAAUUUA